GUCAUUUGGAAAGAGCUAACAAAGAGAUCCAGAUGCUGAAAGAGGAUCUGAAGAAUGCCAACACCUUAGCUUCCCAAAUCCAGACCUUAACCAAAGAAUUAGCAAAAGCCAAUGAUGAGAUCCAGAGGCUAAAGCCACUUUUACAAAGAGCAAGCCAGAUCCUGGGAUUAAGAAGUGACUUGAACAAAGUCAAUGUAGAGAUACAGAAGGCUGGUGGCAGUACUCUAAAUGAUGAAAUCCUGAAGUUAAAAAGCCAGCUAGAGACAGUAACCCAGCAACAGCAAAUGGUGCAAGAGCGCUUCCUGCGGCUAAUAAUCCAAGGCUGGCACUUCUACGAGGGGAACGCAUACUACUUGUCAAUCACCAAAAAGUCUUGGGAUGAGGCUGAGGAGUUCUGUGUGUCCCACGACUCUCACCUGGCCUCAGUGACCUCGGAGGAAGAACAGGAGUUUCUGGUAAAGGCAACAAAUGGAGUUUAUCACUGGAUAGGCCUGACAGACAAAGGAACUGAAGGCAUCUGGCAUUGGGUAGAUGGAACUCCUUAUAACAGUGCCAAAAGCAAAGGGUUUUGGAACAAGAAGCAACCAGACAACUGGAACCAUGGCAACGGGAUACAAGAAGACUGUGUCCAUUCUAUGGAGAAGUGGAAUGACAUGAUAUGUCAGGCACCUUAUCCCUGGAUUUGCAAGAAGGUGCUAUACCCAACCAGGGGCUUCAAUCUCUUCCCCACCCUCAUCCCCAGCAAUCUGCCAACAAAGGAGUAAUCAGGCUUUUACUUCUUCCACCACGAUUUCAAUUAUUUUCUCAAAAACCUAGGAAAAACCUAAAUUCUAGAGAUGUUGAACUUGGAGUCAUUGUGACCUCAGAUGUUUACUGUAACCCUGAUCCAGACAUUUAAUUACUCUGUGCCUCAGUUUCUCCAUCUGUAAAAUAAAGGAGUGGGAUUUCACUCUAUGUGAACAGCUCUACAUUCACGACCUUGAAUCAAAUCAAGCCUACCCACUCUGUGACCACCACAGCUCACAUAGCUUUCUCCCUUUUCCAAGCUCCUAUUGGUGUAUGCUGAAUUUUAUCUAUUUUUUUUGGUACUCACUGUUACAAUAUUGUACCAUCAUUUUCUGUUUCACACAUGCCUAUCUCAUCCCUCAACCAAACUAUGAGCCCUGGCAAGGCUGGGCUCCAGCCUGAGACCACGUCUGAGAUUCUAGAUUCUGUCCCUAAAAUGCCUUUCACAGUGCCUUGUAUACAUAGAUACACAAUAAAUAUUUACUAAUCCAUUGAGCAAUUUAGAAUAUUCCCAUAAGGCCUUUCCUCAUACUUACCUCCUCUCCCUACCUCCAAAUUGGCAUGCCCUCAGCCCUUGGAAUUCUCAUUAUCCCACUGAUUAUCUACAUU